AUGAGCCUCAAGAUCGAGAAUUGGCAGCACUCGGUGUCGGCUCCAGCAGACGAAGAGAGUGCUGAACCAUCGUCAUCCAAGGCGGAUGGGUUUACCUUACGUCUAAGCCGGGCAGCCUCUGAGCUCUUUGAGACCAUCCUCCGGUGCGCCGAGAAACAGACAUCAAAGCCGAUAUUUCGGGCGCUCCAGCGUCAACAUGGCUUUUUCCUACUUUGGUGCGAUGGCUAUGGCGCGCUCGCCGGCGAUCUCGACGAGGUCCUGGCCGAAUCGAGAAGGCUUCGAAAUUCCACCCAUCGCUUACUAGUCAGCCUCUGCCAGACUCUCGCGGAUAAGCUCGUGGGUGUGCUUCUCGCCGGCCUAGAAGAUGCUGCACAACGCGGACUGAUCGAUAAGAGCGCCCAGGUAAGGGCUGUGGUCGAGACAACGACCUUUGCGAUCCCCUAUUCCGAUAGUAGUGAGUCCGACACCGACAGCAGCGAUUUUAAUACCGACUCGGAAAGCGUCUGCUCUUCGCCUGCUGGAGAAAUUUCGGUUGACGAGAUCAUUGAGGACAUUGAAACGGAUAUCCAAUGCCUUGUGGAUCUGGGCCCCCGGUACAAGGAACCAAUCCGAGACAAAGUGAUUGUAGAGGAGGCCGCACGUCCAAAGCUUGUAACAACUUGGGAUCCGGCUGAGCUCUUGACGUCUCGAAUUCGCCAUCGAUAUCCGAGAGUGGAUCCUAAGCUCGCUCACUCUCUUGGGCAAGCAAAUUGGGACAGGGCUCAGAGAUUGUAUGCCGAGAAGGAAAGGAACCUCCGCGAAGCCCAAAAGCUCCGCGAAGCCCAAAACCUGGAUGAACCCCAAAACCUCGGCGAACCCCAAAGCCUAGGUGAAGUUGAGCAGCCGGCAGCACCCAUACCAGAGUCAUUUUCUAUGCCGCCGGGAACUAUCGUUGCGUCAGACUUCCACGAUUCUGGGUUGGGAACCUCCAUGGCUACCCCCAGUUCCUAUGCCGAAACCGUCAUGUCCUAUCACGGCACAAACGGAGGAUCCAUCAAGAUCCCGCCGGUACCCCCCGAAGCAAUGCAAGGGAAUCCCUUUACAUGCGACAUAUGCGGACGCAAAUUCAGGUUACCCGGUGCCAACUGGAAGUCAUUCUGGAAGUGA